UGCAACAAGACUUGUCAGCAAAAUUCAAACUUCCCUCGAAUAACACAAUUCUCCACAAUUUCAAACUCAGAACUGCAAAACCCCUUCUUCUUCUUCCUCCGGUCUCUCUGCAACUCCAUAUGAACCAGUAGAGAGAGAGAGAGAGAGAGAGAGAGAGAGAGAGAGAGAGAGAGAGAGAGAGAGAGAGAGAGAGAGAGAGAGAGUGUGUGUGUGUGUGUGUGUGUGUGUGUGGCAUCGUCAAAUUUCCCAAAACUUCAAACACAAAAAAAUGAUGCUUUUUUUGCUGCAAAUUGCUCUACUUCUGGUUCCUGAAGUGGUGCACUGUCUCAACCAAGAUGGACUCUCCCUCCUCGCACUCAAAUCAGCAAUCGAAACCGACCCGACACGGAUCCUCGACUCCUGGUCGGAAUCCGAUCCCACCCCCUGCCACUGGCACGGCGUCGCCUGCACCGGCAACCGAGUCACCGACCUCCUCCUCACCAACAAACGCCUCACUGGCUACAUUCCCUCCGAACUUGGUCACCUUGACUCGCUCAAGCGACUCAAUCUUUCAAACAACAACUUCUCCAUGCCCAUGCCGGCCCACCUCUUCAACGCCGACGCCCUCAUUUCUCUCGACCUCUCCAACAACUCUCUCGUGGGUCCAAUCCCGGACCAAAUCCGAUCACUCAAGGCACUGAACCACCUCGACCUGUCUUCCAAUCUCCUCAACGGCUCCCUCCCCGAGUCUCUCGCCGAGCUUCCCUCCCUCGCUGGAACCCUGAACCUCUCGUACAACAAAUUCUCCGGCGGAGUUCCGGCUUCGUACGGGCGGAUUCCGGUGCUCGUGAGCCUGGACCUCCGGCACAACAACCUCACCGGAAAAGUGCCUCAGGUGGGAUCGCUGGCGAACCAGGGCCCCACCGCGUUUUCCGAAAACCCUAGCCUCUGCGGGAUUCCGUUGGAAAUUCCGUGCCCGGAAGCCCAAAACCCUGAUUCCCCGAAAAGCGGAGGGGAGGAUGUUCAAAAGCCUCUCAACCCGGAUCCGAGUUUGGUACGGAGGGCAGAGCAGCGAGAAAAUGGGAGCGGCGUGUCAGUGACGGUUCCGAUAAUUUCGGGCGUUUCGGUGGUGGUUGGGGCAGUGUCGGUAUCGGUGUGGCUGCGUCGCGUAAAAAGCAGGGCGAAGGAGGGAAAAACGGGAAAAGAGAAAGUGGUAAAGGAGGUGGCUGUCGUGGUGGAGGAUGAGGGGGAAGGGCAAAAUGGUACAUUCGUGGUGGUGGACGAGGGGUUCGAGUUGGAAUUGGAGGAUUUGCUGAGGGCAUCGGCGUACGUGGUGGGGAAGAGCAGGAGUGGGAUUACGUACAGAGUGGUCGCCGGGAAUAGCGGGAAGGGAUCUGGUGCGGCGCCGUCGGUUGUGGCCGUGAGAAGGCUGAGCGAGGGUGACGCCGCGUGGCGGUUCAAGGAGUUUGAGGCUGAGGCGGAGGCGAUGGGGAAGGUGGUCCACCCCAAUAUCGUCCGCCUGAGAGCAUAUUACUAUGCGAAUGAUGAGAAACUUCUGGUUACUGAUUUCAUUCGCAAUGGCAGCUUGUACAAUGCACUCCAUGGUAAAUUAACCAACUCUUUGCCACCAUUGCCAUGGACGGCAAGGUUAAAAAUUGCUCAGGGGACCGCAAGGGGUUUGGUGUACAUACAUGAACACAGCCCUCGAAAGUAUGUUCAUGGAAGCAUUAAGUCGACAAAGAUCCUUCUCAACGAUGAUCUCCAACCUUACAUAUCCGGGGUCGGAUUGGCACGUCUUAUGUUGGGUACCUCAAAGUUCACCACUUCAGCGUCGAGAAAGCACAACUCGAAUCAAUCCAUUGUGGCUUCUGGUAUGGCUGGUCCAAGUUCUUCAACCAUUUACUUGGCGCCCGAGGCCCGAGUUUCUGGCAGCAAGUUCACUCAGAAAUGUGAUGUGUACUCCUUUGGAAUUGUGCUCUUGGAGAUCUUGACUGGAAGGUUGCCAGAUGAGGGGCUCGAAAAUGGUGGCGAGGGACUCGAGAGUCUGGUCAGGAAGACAUUCAGAGAUGAGCGCCCCUUGUCUGAGAUCAUAGACCCUGUACUUGUGCAAGAAGUUUAUGCAAAGAAGCAAGUUGUUGAUGCCUUUCACAUUGCCCUUAAUUGCACUGAGCUCGAUCCCGAACUGCGUCCAAGGAUGAAAACUGUCUCCGAGAGUCUUGAUCGCAUCAGACUGCAAUGUUAAGAGAAGAAAACAGAGAAUGCAAAAGCUGACUGCUCAUCCGGAAUUGGUUAUGGUACUGAAAAUGGUCUCGGAUGGGCGUUUGAUUGUAUGUUUUUGUGGAGACGAUUACUGUUAGGAAAUCCAUCAGCUUAAUGGGUUGGAUGUAUCAUAUGUGUUGUGUAGUUGAAUUAUUGGUUGUUUGAAGAUGAUGAAUUCAACGGGGACCGGCAUGUUCUUAGGUUGCCGGCAUUCUGGUGGAAGAGGAGAAGAAAAGUGUUUCCGGCCGUUUGUUUCUCUUCUGUAACACUUGUUUUUUGCACUAUUCUCACCAUAUGAUCCAUGCUUUCCCUCAGGUUCAAAUUUGUAAUGGCUAAUGUUGAAUAGCAUCUGUUCUUCAUUAUGUUUUAACUGGUUUAGGGUAAAGACAAUGUUUUUUAUAGAGUGGACUGUUACGGGCACCAACUAUCAUCUCAAAUGUUUUAUAUCGGCUGAUGUAGUACGUAACAUAACCGUUGUUUAUUCUUAUAACUUGUUUCGUAAUAAACUCAAGUACAGCCAAAUGAAA